GCUCUGUAUUUUGAGAGCAGCACAGUAGCUCAGCACUAACUGUUGACAUCUCUAAAUUUUUAGAAUGGGACCAAGCCUGUGCAGAUGAUGUUCAAGACAGAUAGAUUUAACAUGACCUAUAUUGGAGACUUCCAGACCAAAAUCCUUGAGCUGCCCUAUGUUGGUAAUGAACUAAGCAUGAUCAUCCUGCUCCCUGAUGCAAUCCAGGAUGGAUCCAUGGGCUUGGAAAGACUGGAAAGAGAACUUACGUAUGAGAAGCUGAUAGCUUGGAUCAGUCCUGAAAUGAUGAGGUCUACAGAAGUGAGGGUGUCUUUACCCAGAUUUAAACUGGAAGAAGAUUAUGAUCUGAAACCCAUUCUGAGCUGCAUGGGAAUGCCUGAUGCAUUUGACUCGGGGAAGGCAGACUUCUCAGGAAUGUCAUCUGGCAAUGAGCUGGUGCUCUCUGAAGUGGUUCACAAGUCCUUUGUGGAAGUCAACGAAGAAGGCACUGAAGCAGCUGCUGCCACAGCGGCAAUAUUGGUGAACUGCUGUGCAAUGAUUGUUCCAGAUUUCACUGCUGAUCAUCCCUUCCUCUUCUUCAUCCGGCACAACAAAUCUUCCAGCAUUUUGUUCUGUGGCAGGUUUUGCUCUCCCUGAAGAGGAGUUGUCUUGGCAGCAUAGGGGCCAUUACACAAUAAAGAUUUCUCUAGAAUAGGGUGA